UUUUUCAUCAUUUCUCAAGCAAAACGAAAAACAUACCUUGAGAAGUUACAUAGUUUUAUGUAAUUUUUUUCUCCUUUGUUUUCCCUUCUCCUCUUCAUUAUUGUGAAGAAAAGAGAAGGGAAAGAAAGGAGGAAAAGAAGAAGAAAAAGGGUACAAAGACGACGAAAUCAUAACAUCAUCAAGCAGGACGUAGACACAAGGAAAAAAAUAUUUUUACGUGUAGGGUAAUUUAGAGGCGAAAAAGGAAGGAGAUGAUGAUAGGAGGAACCGCCAGCAACAAUCACGUUAGUACACAAAACGAGGGCGGCGCCGCUCGGUCGAACAACGGUGGUGUGACGUUGAAAAAGGGGCCGUGGACAGCGGCCGAGGAUGUAAUUUUGGCGGAGUACGUGAGGACUCAUGGUGAAGGGAAUUGGAAUGCGGUGCAAAAGAAUGCAGGUUUGGCUCGAUGUGGGAAAAGUUGUAGGCUACGAUGGGCUAACCAUUUGAGGCCGAACUUGAAGAAAGGAGCAUUUUCGCCGGAAGAAGAAAGGGUCAUCGUUGAAAUGCAUGGUAUCAUGGGAAAUAAAUGGGCUCGUAUGGCUACUCGGCUUCCAGGAAGAACAGACAAUGAAAUCAAAAACUUUUGGAACACAAGAGUGAAAAGAAGGCAACGCCAAGGUCUUCCACUUUACCCUCCUGAAAUCCAAGCUUUAUAUUCAUCCCAACACCGUUCACAGCCGGCGGUAACACCUUCAACAACACCAUCUUUCUCGUUCCAAAAUCCGAUGAUGAAGCCUCCUCAAAGCUCGAUGCUACAAUCAUCGGCGUCUAACUCUAACCUUAUGGCCGCCCGGUCAUCGCAACUUCUUAUGUACGAUCCACAUUCUUCCGCAACGCCGCCGCCGCUUCUCAGCCCUUCCCAUUUCUCUCCACUUCACGCUCCAUCUUCCCCUGACUUUAACUUCCCUAGAACUCCGCCUUCCUUGCAACAUCCCCUUCGUUACAAGCGAUUCAAACAUGACGGAAGCCAUGAAAACAACAACAAUGGCGGUUCAAAUUUUAUGUUACCCUUUUCAUCUUUGAUAAAAACUGAGCCUUUCAAUCACAAUUCAUUGAACCCUCAACAGUACCCAAACUCAUACACGUUGGACCAAACUAUACUCGAUCUCGCUUCAUCUUCGUCGACAAUCCUUGAACCUCAUUUCGACCCGGGACAGUUUAUGUCGACUCCCGGAUUCGGUUUCCCAAUGAAAAACGAGCUCCCUUCAAUCCAAUUUUAUGAUAAUAAUACAGAAGUUACACAUGAUCCUAAAGGGAAUAAUAAUAAUUACGGCCGUAAUGAUCACAAUGUCGACCACCAUAGCUCGAGCUUGAAUAUCAAUGGGAAUGACUUCUUGGAAGAAAUGUUGAAUGAUGCUCAGGCGUUGGCAGACAACAACGAAAUUAUGGGCAAUCAGAGUUGUUUAGCUUCAGGGUUGAAGGCAAAAGAAGAGGUUAUGAAUAUACCGAAACAAGAAGAUUAUUCGAACAUAAAUCCAUCGUCAAUGGCGAUGGCAGUUCCCGAAUGGUACAUCGACAAAGGUGAAGGCUCCAAUGAGCAAUCGUCAGUUGUAACAAAUGACAAUUUAGGGUUUGGACUCGAACUGCAUGAUGGAAUUGCUUCAUUAUUGCCCCUCGACACUGCACCGGACGAACAUGAUCGAUCUCAGAGUUCCUAUUAUUGGAAUCAUGACUUUCCUGGAAUUUGUUAA